AUGGGAAGCUUCAGGACCAACAUAUCAAGCAGCAUGAGUUUCACAUUGACAGGCUUCCCAGAGAUGGGGGGUCUAGAGCACUGGCUGGCUGCCUUACUCCUGCUACUUUAUGCAGUCUCCAUCGUGGGGAACAUCUUGAUUCUCUUCAUCAUAAGGGAGGAGCAGAGCUUGCAUCAGCCAAUGUACUACUUCCUGUCCCUGUUGUCUGUCAAUGACCUGGGGGUGUCCUUUUCUACACUGCCUACUGUACUGGCUGUCCUGUGCUUUCAUAGUCCAGAGACUCCAUUUGAUGCCUGCUUCUCCCAAAUGUUCUUCAUCCACUUUUUCUCUUGGACAGAGUCUGGGAUCCUCCUGGCUAUGAGCUAUGACAGAUAUAUUGCUAUCUGUAACCCUUUGCGUUAUUCCACAGUACUCACAGAUACCUGUGUGGCUCACAUGGGUAUAGCCAUCAUCAUUCGCAGCUUCUGCAUGGUUUUUCCACUGCCUUUUCUUCUGAAAAGGUUGCCUUUCUGUAAGGCCAAUAUACUGACCCAUGCCUAUUGUCUUCAUCCAGAUUUGAUUCGCCUGCCCUGUGGAGAUACCACUAUCAAUAGCAUGUAUGGCCUGUUUAUUGUCGUCUCUGCCUUUGGCUUAGAUUCAGUAUUCAUCCUUCUUUCUUAUGUGCUCAUAUUGCGAUCCGUGCUAGCCAUCGCCUCCAGGGAGGAGAGGCUUAAGACAUUCAACACAUGCGUGUCACACAUCUGUGCUGUGCUUAUCUUCUAUGUGCCCAUGGUUAGUGUGUCCAUGGUCCACAGAUUUGAGAAACAUGCUCCUGAGUAUGUGCACAAGUUCAUGUCCCUGGUAUAUCUCUUUGUUCCUCCGAUGCUCAACCCAAUUAUCUAUUCCAUAAAAACUAAGGAGAUCCGCAGAAGGCUGAGUAAGAUGUUAUUGGGAGUCAAGCUCUGA